AUGAUCCCGCUUAUACUGCUUCUCCUUCUUGUGGUUCCGUCAGUGAAUGGGCAAGAGGACGACAAUUAUGACAUUCUUUCUGCACAUGGUGGAAUUUUCCGUGAUCUACACUGGACAAACGACGAACUUGCCGAGAUUUCAGCGUUACACACUACCGCUUCACAUCAUAAACUUAUGCAACUAUUACGAAAACUGAGAAAUUCGGAUAUUGGUGACGCAGCGAAGAGGCGGAUCGAGAAGUUUAUGAAGUUGAAACGACCGCCAAAGUUCCUUGAAACGUUUCUCAGUGAUGAGGAUAGGAAUCAAGUAAAUUCAUUACUUGUAGAAAAAAAUCUACCCUCUAAAAUCGUAGGAAAAAUUGAACACAUUUUUCAAUGCAUGAUUCGACGUCCUUAUACUCUUGCGCUUUGCUUAUCUUAUCGCAAUAUGUCCUGGCUGAGAUCAGCCACACCGGAAAAUGUCCCUUCGCAGACGAGAUUUCUACAGGACACUGAAGCUCGAAAGGGCAUUGAUGUCUGA